AUGCCGGGUUCCGUUGUUUCACCCUCGGCGCGGUGCAUCGAAUCGGUCAGCAGCGAAGGCAUCCACGUCUCCGGCGCAGCUCUCCUCCAGACAGCCCUGUGCGUCGACAUCAAGUGCGCUACCGUUAACGAAACCUAUCAGAUUCGCGUCAAAGGAUCAACGACGUUUGUGGACUGCCCUGAAGGAUCCUCGGUUUCCGCAAGCGACCUGCAAAGCUCGUACUUCUCGACUGGCGCACUCAAAUGUGCGCCGUACGCGGAGGUUUGCUAUGCGAAUGACUAUGCCGCGUACAGCACCGAUGCCGAAAGCGCCGAUGCAACAGCGCCCGCCCGACACCGCCUACGUUCUCCUUACGACCUUUCUGCUCGCUCUGCCGCUGUAUGUGCUAGUGUAGUGAGGAAGGCAAGCACACAGGAUACGGCCACGCCACAAGCGACGAUUUCGACAACCUUCUCUCUCUCGCACUCAAUCCUGGCUUUGCCACCUCCUAUCUUCAGCAUCGCACUAAAGAAACAGUUAUAA